AUGCCGCGGACGCUCUGGGGCACGCCCCUGCGGCGCGUGAUCGUCAGCAGCUUCAUGGACCCCGUGUCGAACGGCCAGUUCUUUCGGGACUGGUUCCUCCACUGGGACACGGACGACCGCAUCCCCAUCGUCGUCCUCGCGCACGCGACCAAGGCGCCCUACACGAGCGUCGUCGCGAACGACGGGUCCAGGCGGCCGGUGGGCAACUACGAGGCGGACCCCGAGGGCCGCUUCGUGCGCGACGCGAGCGCGGAGUGCUUCUCGGUCCCGCGUCCCUCCGGCGACGACGCGCGCACGGUCUUCUUCGAUGCGAUCGAAGGGAAGACCGACGACGGCGACGCGAUCCCCUGGGCCCUCGCGAACGCGACGGUCUGCCUGCCGCCGCUGCCGACGCCCAAGGAGGCGCACCACUACGAAGGGUGCCAGCACGUGAAGCUCUUCGUCGCCGAGUACGGCGCGGGCGUGCGCGUCUGCGUCUCGUCCGCGAACCUGUGCGAGGGCGAGCAGGUGUCGCAGCUCGAGGUCUGGUUCGUCCACGACUUCCGCUUCGCCGCGGAGCGGCCCCUGCGCUCCCUGGUCCUCGACGACGACGCGGCGCGCCUCGCCGCGGCCGCGGGCGACGGCGGCCGCCGGCCGCUGACCUUUGGCGCAACCCUCGUCGACUUCCUCGCGCGCAUGACCGAGGGCCUCGGCGACGAGGUCUGCGUCGACGGCGACACGCUCGGCAAUUGGCGCUCGCGGCUCCUCGCCUGCGACACGUCCACCUGCGACGGCGUCCAGCUCGUGCCGACGGCGCCCGGCGUCCACUACUACGUCCCAAACAAGCCGCGGCGCGACGACGACGCGUUCCUCGGCUUCGCGCGCUUCGAGCUCCGCGACGUCGAGGGCGGCGAGGCGGCCUUCGACGCGAGCCCGAAGCGGCUCACGCGCUCGAAGAAGGCCGAGUGCGUCCAGCUGAAGGACGCGACGUUCGAGGACGGCGAAACCUUCCGCGACGGCUCGGUCGUCGCGCCCGGCGGCUUCCGCGGCUUCUUCCCGAAGCCGCUCGCCGCGGCGAUCCGGAGCCUGCGGGCGGCCGGCACGCGCGUGCGCGUCGAGCUCGCCUGCGUCUUCUCCGGAGCCCGGCUGCUCCCGAAGGCCGGCGAGCGAGGCGACGCGGCCGUCGACGACCGGAAGCCCGCGCACGAGACGUGGCGCGCGUCGUUCCGCGUCGCCGUCGACGCGUGGGGGCCGACGACCGACGCGUCGACGUCCGCGUUCGCCGUGCUCCUCUCGUCGCUGCGCACGCCCCAGGGCUACCAGGCGCUCCGCGUCGCGCUCGACGGCGAGGGCGUCGACUGGUGGACGCACGCGGCGGCGAACCGCGAGCUCGCGUUCUUCGCGUGGUCGCCGGAGUGGUCGCGCGGCGGCGCGACGGCGAUCUGCGACGACAUCGCCUGGGCCGCGGGCACGUCGCCGACGCGCGUCGAGGCGGCGCUCGCGGACCAGAACGUCGCGCGCGCGCGGCGGACCGGCGCCGUCGUCGACGUCGAGGGCCCCAAGUGCUGGAACCCGACGCGGCGGCCGGCGACGCUCACGCGGGACGACCUCCUCUCGAAGCAGAACCAGGCGAAGCUCGUCGCGCACGACCUGGCCUACGACCGCGCGCCGCCGCCGGGCGAGGAGGCGGCGCGCCGCCGCGGCGGCGCGCUCGUGGAAGCGCACGCGAAGUUCAUCUACCGCCUCUUCCUCGACGAGGCGUCGGGCGAGACCUUCGGCUGGGUCUACGUGGGCAGCCACAACUUCAGCGCCGCGGCCUGGGGCGCCGGGCCGCGCUGGGGCUACUGCCGGACGACGAACUGGGAGCUCGGCGUCGUCCUCCAGCAGCCGCCGGGGCGCCCGGCGCCGGCCGGCGUGCCGCCCUUCCACCGGCGCUACCCCCUGCCCUACGUGCCCGGCGCGCCCGCGGACCCCGACACGCUGCUGAACAAGGACCAGUUCAAGGAUCGAAGGCACACGGCGCGCGACGCCGACGACGCGGCUCUCCAGCAGGGCAUCGCGAACAGCCUCGGAGUCGUCGGCGGCGGCGACGCGGAGCCCGCGUUCGCGCCGGAGCCCGACCGCGACGACGCGGCGCUCCGGCGGGCCACGGCGAUGAGCCUCGAGGCGUCGGCGGGCGGCGACGACGACCUCGCGCGCGCGCUCGCGGAGUCGGCCCGCGAUGCCGCCGCCGCGCGCGCGCGGGACGCCGAGCGUCACGAGCUGGCCCGCGCCCUCGAGCUCUCCCGCCGGGAGCGGCCCGCGGCCGACGCCGCGCCAAGCGACGCCGACGACGAGCUGGCCCGCGCCCUCGAGCUCUCCCGCCAGGAGCGACCCGCGGCCGACGCCGACGUGGCCCGCGCGAUCGCGCUGUUGUCGCCCGGCGCCCGCGAGGCCGAGCCGAUCGAUCUCACGUGA